GUUAUUAACAACUAAACAUCACAUGAAGAAAAAAAAGCAAAAGAUUUGAGAAAAAAGUGGAAACAAUAAUUUUAAGAGUGUUUCAUACGUGACGUGAUCCAUUUGCAAAACCAGCAACACCACAAAUAGAACAACAACAAAAAAAAAACAAUACUUUCACCACAUCUUAAUCAAGUACUUCACAUCCAAGCAAUUUCCGAGUUAAAUUAAAAGUACCCAUUUCAUUGGUAAUUCUAAAAGUUAAAAUUAAAUAAAAAAGAUUUGAUUUUUCAAUCUGGGUUUGUGAUGUCUUGUUCUUCUUCAUCGGGAUCGGAGGAAGAUGAUGAGGGGUUUGAGUCUUAUCGGAAAGGUGGUUACCAUGCCGUUAGAAUCUCCGAUCAGUUCGCCGCCGGUAGGUAUAUAGCUCAGAGGAAACUUGGUUGGGGUCAAUUUUCUACUGUUUGGCUUGCUUAUGAUACCAACACCUCUUCAUAUGUUGCUCUCAAAAUCCAGAAAAGUUCAGCCGAGUUUGUUCAGGCUGCCCUGCACGAGAUCAAUGUUCUUUCGUCCAUUGCUGAUGGUGAUCCAUCAAAUUCAAAGUUUGUUGUCCAAUUAAUUGAUCACUUUAAGCACACGGGUCCAAAUGGGCAGCACCCUUGCAUGGUCCUCGAGUUUCUCGGUGAUAGCUUGCUUCGUUUGAUCAGAUAUAACCAUUACAAAGGUCUUCCAUUGAAUAAAGUUAGAGAGAUUUGCAAAUACAUUUUGAUUGGUUUGGAUUACUUGCAUAGCGAACUUGGUAUAAUCCACACCGACUUAAAACCUGAAAACAUUCUUCUAUUUUCAACUAUUGAUCCUGCCAAAGACCCACUUAGAUCUGGAAUGUCCCCGAUUUUAGAACGGCCUGAGGGAAAUGCAAACGGCGGACUUACGAGUCUCAUCGAGAAAAGGUUGAAAAAGAGAGCAAGGAGGGCAGUUGCUAAGAUAUCGGGAAGAACAGCUUUCAUUGAAGGAAGAGGAGAAGCUGCAAAGUCUGAUAAAAAUGUCGAUGGUAUUGACACAAGAUGCAAGAUUGUCGAUUUCGGAAAUGCGUGUUGGGCUGAUAAGAAGUUUGCAGAAGAAAUACAGACAAGGCAAUAUAGAGCUCCUGAAGUUAUACUGAAAUCUGGUUAUUCCUUCUCUGUUGACAUGUGGUCUUUCGCAUGCAUUGCUUUUGAGCUUGCAACUGGAGAUAUGUUAUUUACACCAAAAACUGGACAAGGUUAUAGUGAGGAUGAGGAUCAUCUUGCCAUGAUGAUGGAACUCCUAGGAAAGAUGCCGCGGAAGAUUGCUAUUGCUGGAGCUCAAUCCAAGGAUUUCUUUGACAGGCACGGCGAUCUAAAACGGAUUCGAAGACUAAAAUAUUUGCCACUUGACAAAUUGCUGAUUGAUAGAUAUAAAUUUUCAGUGAAUGAUGCUCAUGAGUUUUCAGAAUUUCUUUUGCCACUUUUCGAUUUUGCGCCUGAAAAACGACCAACUGCGCGACAGUGCCUCCCACAUCCAUGGCUGAACUGCAAGGAGUCAGCUCCAAAUGAAAUGAGAAAUGAAUCUACUGUGGAAAAGGUUAAUGUUGGGAUGAGUAACCUUCAAAUCAAGGUGGGAAAAUGAUGUGAGCCGUCUGAUCGAAAUCUGAUAGUUUGAAUUGUUUGACUUAGACAAAUGCAUCAUGUCUGACUGCAUGGAAUCCAAAUCCAUGUUUUGACAUAGUCUCACAGCUUUAACAUGAACUACUGUUGAUUGUGAUUUGUUUUUGUUUUUAUUAAAUUUUAUUGAGAUUCUUUCCAGUGGAUUAUUAACUACAUAGAUGUAAAUCAGUAAAGAAUUUUGUUCAUCCAAGAGAUAUAUAUUAUUAUUCACAUGUUGUAAGUCGUUACAUUCAUCCAAAUCUACUCUUGUCUUUUUCUUA